UUGACAAAAGCGUGGUAUACACGCAUCAUACAGAUUCAAUUCACAGAUGUAGACUGUAGUUAAGAGUCGGAAAAACGACUUCGUAAAUGCCAAAAAAAAAUAGUUUGCGUUGUCGGGUGUAGAAUUAUAGGAAAAUUGAGAUAAUUAUUUAACGACAAUUGUAUUUAUGUACAGAAACUACUAAGAAAUUCAUUUGUAUUCUCAAAUGAAACUAUUUUUCAAUUUAUAGUUUUACAGAAACUGUUGAAAAGAGGUUAAGUGACUGUCAACAAAAUUGGGCGCCGUUUGGACGGCGAAACACUUAACUUUUACAUCAUAUUUCUAAAUGAAUAGCGAAAAGAGAAAUGCCCGUGGCCGUGGGCGAGGUAGAGGCCGUGGCCGGGGUCGUGGAAGAGGCCGUGGUCGCGGCAAGAAAGUUCCGAAGGUGAUGUCUUCUGACGAGGAAGAAUGCUCUGUUGAAGAAAGUUCACAAGACCAGGAGGAGUCUUCAACUAUUGAGGAGACAAAGGAAGAGGUUGAACAAGCCGAACCCCCUAAACUGGAAGUCCCUUCCGACAUAUCACAACUAGAAGCCCCAGUAUUCACAACACUGCAGCGUGGCCCGCCUGAGCCCAUGCUCCGUUUGGACUGGGACCAUCGUGCAGCACUUAUUGGGGAAAAAGUGCUGAACCCAAUGAUAUAUUGCUGUGAUAUAUGCUCAAAGCCUAUACUUAUUUAUGGUAGAAUGGUAUGCAAACAUGAAUUCUGUGAUUAUGACUUACAUUGUCUGCUAAAUUCCUAACAUUUUCUGUAUGAUCAGGUUCUCCGCGUAGAGCAAACAGGACUCGGCACUGUGUUCAUGUGCACACACUCAGGCACUCGUUAUGGGAACACAGGCUGCCGGCGGACAUACCUCUCUCAGAGGGACCUGCAGGCGCACAUCAACCACCGGCACGUGUCGGGCGAGACUCACGCGGCCGCCGAGCCUCCCACCGUGGCCGUCGUCAAACCUAUCUCCGUGGGCAGCGGGGUCGGCGCAUCGAACGACCCGCGGCACGCGGUGUCGACGCGCCGGAAUCUCAUCACGGUGCCCAUUCAGGACCCGGACCCUAAUUAUUACAACUAUUAUCAGCAACCCGUAGCGCCGGUGGCGCCGCUGAACGCCGUGGCGAGCGCGGGCACUAGCGGCGCGGCGGGGGCGCCGCCCCCCGCGCCCGCGCAGUACUACCCCGCCUACCCCGCCUACACGCCGCAGCCAGGCGGAACGAUCGUGUUCAUGUUGAAGACCCCGUAUUGA